CCAAGCCUUAGUUUUCCAUAGACUCGAAAAGUUCGAAAGUUUUUCUCAACGCGACUAAAUUCUAAUUUCCAAAUUCGCUCUUCUUCAACCGUCUUAAGAUGCAAAUCUUUGUGAAAACUCUCACCGGCAAAACAAUAACCCUUGAGGUUGAAAGUUCUGAUACUAUUGAUAAUGUGAAGGCCAAAAUUCAGGAUAAAGAAGGAAUCCCUCCAGACCAGCAGAGGCUUAUUUUCGCUGGAAAGCAGCUCGAGGAUGGUCGAACCCUCGCUGAUUACAACAUACAGAAAGAAUCAACCCUUCACUUGGUGCUCCGUUUACGUGGUGGAAUGCAAAUCUUCGUGAAAACCCUCACUGGUAAAACCAUCACCUUAGAGGUGGAAAGCUCUGAUACCAUCGAUAAUGUGAAAGCUAAGAUCCAAGAUAAAGAGGGUAUCCCCCCUGACCAGCAGAGGCUAAUUUUCGCUGGGAAACAACUUGAAGAUGGCCGCACUUUGGCAGACUACAAUAUUCAAAAGGAGUCAACAUUGCAUUUGGUACUCCGUCUUCGUGGUGGAAUGCAAAUUUUUGUCAAAACGCUUACGGGGAAAACUAUUACACUAGAGGUUGAAAGCUCCGACACAAUCGACAAUGUCAAAGCUAAGAUUCAAGACAAAGAAGGCAUUCCCCCGGAUCAGCAAAGGUUGAUCUUCGCAGGCAAACAGCUCGAAGAUGGACGGACAUUAGCCGAUUACAACAUUCAAAAGGAGUCCACUCUUCACCUUGUGCUCCGUCUUCGCGGUGGAAUGCAAAUUUUUGUGAAGACCUUAACGGGGAAAACAAUCACUUUGGAAGUUGAGAGUUCAGAUACAAUCGACAACGUUAAAGCUAAGAUUCAAGAUAAAGAGGGGAUCCCACCGGACCAACAGAGGCUAAUUUUCGCUGGGAAGCAAUUGGAAGAUGGCAGGACUCUAGCCGACUAUAACAUUCAAAAGGAAUCGACUCUCCAUUUGGUGCUGCGUCUUCGUGGAGGGAUGCAAAUCUUUGUAAAGACUUUAACAGGAAAGACAAUCACAUUGGAGGUCGAGAGCUCAGACACUAUCGACAAUGUGAAGGCUAAAAUCCAGGACAAGGAGGGUAUUCCUCCUGACCAGCAAAGGCUGAUUUUCGCUGGAAAGCAAUUGGAGGAUGGACGUACAUUGGCCGAUUACAACAUUCAAAAGGAGUCCACCCUCCACCUUGUCCUUCGCCUUCGUGGUGGCCUUUGAAAUUCAUCCUUGCACUUCGGUAUUAUAAAAUUACUAUACUCAGAAUCUGUGUCAUGUCUGCUUAUGUUUUCUCUCCCUGAAUCUUGCUUGUAUUCUGGUCUUCGUUAUGUUCUCUGUUCUUGAACCCAAUUUACAAAUAAUAAUACAUACUCUAUCUACUGUAA